UCCACCACCACCGUACGUCCCCUGUACUAUAUAAGACGAGCACCCUCGCUCAGACCCCCUCAGUCCCCUGCCUGCCUUCCCCACCAGCCAGCCAGCAUCAAUGCCGAGGCGGGCGAUCGAGGUCCGGGCCGACGGCGCCGCGCCCAAGUGGUGCAUGUCGCUGCUGGAGAACACGUUCACGGCGUUCCUCAAGUCCCCCGGCGCCGACGCCGACGCCAAGGCCGUGUUCGCGGAGGGGUCCCUCUUCAGCCCCUACCUCUUCGGCAAGUUCUUCGACCCGGCCGACGCGUUCCCCAUGUGGGAGUUCGAGUCGGAUGUGCUGCUCGCCGCGCUCCGCCGCGGCGCCAGGACCUCCGUCCACUGGUCCGAGAACGACUGCGAGUACUGCCUCAGGGCCGACAUACCUGGUGGAAGGAAGUGCGACGUGGAGGUGAGCGGCGACGGCGCGCGGGUGGUGGACGUGAGCGGGCUGUGGCGGGUGCCGCCGGCGGACGGCCGAGACUGGCGCGCCGGACGGUGGUGGGAGCACGGCUUCGUGCGGCGCGUGGAGCUGCCGGAGGACGCGGACGGGGGCAGGGUGGAGGCCUACUUCGACGACGGCGCGGGGUCGCUGGAGAUCAAGGUCCCCAAGAGGAACAGCGACGCCCACCAACAAGCCUGAAGGAAUCAGAACCUCGAUCGACACGCGCAACUGGGUUGGAUCAGACUAACCGGAGGACGGCAUGCAUUUGCCGGUGAAAGGCAAUUAUUCUCCUUCUGAUGUGAUGAUGAGCAGUUGAUGGCGACUAAAAAGAACGCGUAAUCUCGGUAGAAAUUCGGAAAGAUAUGGCCGAGACGAAAAGGGGCAAAGAUUACCUAUCUAUUGCAUGAUGUUACAAAUGAACAAAUCCGAUGUAGUAAUAGUGUAUGUUCUUCAGUUCCACUGUUAAAAUGGCUAAUUAAUCAGCAGUGUCGCUGUCAGUUUCGGUCGUCGAUCGAACGGGCUAGGGCAUCGAUAUGAUUCUAGACCAGAUGAUUAUAUGCAAUCCGUGACUUUUGAUUUUUGAAA